AUCGAAGAUAUUAAUGACCACACACCAAAAUUCACGCAAACUUCUUUCGAGCUGCAAAUAAGUGAGUCUACGGUGCCAGGCACACGGUUUAUAUUAGAAGCAGCGGAAGAUGCCGAUAUUGGCUUAAACUCUCUGCGGAUUUAUAAACUCUCUCUUAGCCCUAGUUUCUCAUUGAUAAAUAAAGAGAAACAAGAUGGUAGUAAAUACCCAGAAUUGGCGUUGGAGAAACGUUUAGACCGGGAACAACAGAGUUACCAUCGUUUAGUUCUGACUGCCAUGGAUGGCGGAGAUCCCCCACUAAGCGGCACCACUGAGCUCCGUAUCCAGGUCACUGAUGCCAAUGAUAACCCCCCUGUAUUCAACCAGGACAUGUACAGAGUAAGCCUUCCAGAAAACGUGCCCCCAGGCACCACAGUGCUGCAAGUAUCAGCCACUGACCAAGAUGAAGGCAUCAACUCGGAAAUCACUUAUUCUUUCUACAGGACUGGGCAAGUCUUCAGUCUGAAUUCAAAGAGCGGGGAAAUUACAACUCUAAGAAUGCUGGAUUUCGAAGAAAUCAAGGAAUAUUCUAUAGUGGUGGAAGCGAGGGAUGGUGGAGGACUGGCUGCACAAUGUACAGUUGAAAUUAAUAUUCAAGAUGAAAAUGACAACAGCCCAGAAAUUACAUUCCAUUCUCUAGUCGAAAUGAUUCUGGAAAACGCAGCGCCAGGAACGCUAAUUGCUUUGAUCAAAAUAUACGAUCAAGAUUCCGGGGAGAAUGGGGAGGUUAAUUGUCGAUUAGAGGGUGAAGUUCCUUUUCAGAUAAUCUCUUCAUCAAAAAAUUCAUAUAAAUUGGUAAUAGAUGGGACUCUGGACCGAGAACAGACCCCAGAGUACAAUGUCACCAUCACAGCCACCGACAGGGGAAAGCCGCCCCUCUCAGCUAGCAAAAGUGUCACUUUGAUCAUCACUGAUACCAACGACAACGCUCCGGUUUUCCUCCAGGACUCCUACAUGGUUCACGUGAUGGAGAACAACCCUCCUGGAGCCUCCAUCGCCCAAGUCAGCGCCUCCGACCCCGACCUG